UGAGAAUUUUCAUUUUGGAAUUUGAUUUUCGAUUCAAAAACAGAGAGAAAUUGAAGCAAACAAUGGAGUGAUUUUAUACAUGUCAUGGGUCAGAAGGCGGAUCAGUGAACACUGAUGUCAUUGUUCUGGAUAAUCUCUCGUCAACUCGCAGAGAUUGAAGCCAUGGCUACUUCAAAGAAGGUAAUAACAAGGGAGGAGUGGGAGAAAAGACUUAAUGAUGUAAAGAUUAGGAAAGAAGAUAUGAAUAAAUUGGUGAUGAACUUUCUUGUCACAGAGGGUUAUGUUGACGCAGCGGAGAAGUUCAGAAUGGAAUCGGGGACAGAACGUAUCCUUCUUCAUUUUCUAAUCAGGGCAUUUCAUGUUCCUUUUAAUGAUUAUGCCUUGCUGGCAUGGUGUACUUUUAUCUUCCAAGCAGACAUAGAUCUUGCAACUAUCACAGAUCGUAUGGCAGUUAAGAAGGCAGUCCAGUGUGGGAAUGUUGAGGAUGCAAUCGAAAAAGUUAAUGAUUUGAACCCCGAGAUAUUGGAUACAAAUCCCCAACUCUUUUUCCAUCUCCAACAGCAAAAGUUGAUAGAAUUGAUUAGGAAUGGUAAGGUGGAAGAGGCUUUGGAGUUCGCCCAGGAGGAGCUUGCUCCAAGGGGAGAGGAAAAUCAAAGCUUUUUAGAAGAAUUAGAAAGGACAGUUGCACUACUGGCUUUUGAAGAUGUUGCCAACUGCCCUGUUGGAGGGCUUCUGGACAUAUCACAGCGCCUAAAGACAGCCAGUGAGAUCCAUGAGAAUUAUGGAGCUGUUACAUUUGGCAGAAAUGUUGAAAAGUGCCUUGCUUUUUGUAAUUUGGCUACAAGAUCACGAUUGGCACAUGCUACUUCAAAGAAGGUAAUAACAAGGGAGGAGUGGGAGAAAAGACUUAAUGAUGUAAAGAUUAGGAAAGAAGAUAUGAAUAAAUUGGUGAUGAACUUUCUUGUCACAGAGGGUUAUGUUGACGCAGCGGAGAAGUUCAGAAUGGAAUCGGGGACAGAACGUAUCCUUCUUCAUUUUCUAAUCAGGGCAUUUCAUGUUCCUUUUAAUGAUUAUGCCUUGCUGGCAUGGUGUACUUUUAUCUUCCAAGCAGACAUAGAUCUUGCAACUAUCACAGAUCGUAUGGCAGUUAAGAAGGCAGUCCAGUGUGGGAAUGUUGAGGAUGCAAUCGAAAAAGUUAAUGAUUUGAACCCCGAGAUAUUGGAUACAAAUCCCCAACUCUUUUUCCAUCUCCAACAGCAAAAGUUGAUAGAAUUGAUUAGGAAUGGUAAGGUGGAAGAGGCUUUGGAGUUCGCCCAGGAGGAGCUUGCUCCAAGGGGAGAGGAAAAUCAAAGCUUUUUAGAAGAAUUAGAAAGGACAGUUGCACUACUGGCUUUUGAAGAUGUUGCCAACUGCCCUGUUGGAGGGCUUCUGGACAUAUCACAGCGCCUAAAGACAGCCAGUGAGGUGAAUGCAGCCAUUCUUACUAGCCAAAGUCAUGAAAAAGAUCCAAAACUUCCGAGCUUAUUAAAGAUGCUUAUAUGGGCCCAAAGCCAACUUGAUGAGAAAGCUGCUUAUCCUCGCAUAAGUGAUUUAUCUACUGCCAUUCUUGAAGAUCCUGCUGUCUGA